AUGAGUGAAAUAUAUAAUAUAAUUCAAGAAAUAGUUGUUAAUAACUCUGAUUUUACUAAAUAUGUUGAUUUUGUGAAGGUUCCAUGUCGACCCCUAGUUAACUUACCAGGGCUGACCUUUCUAUCUCCAAAAGCUCUGGACGAGCUUAAACACGCUAAUAGAGCAGAUGAAUUGCUCCCCGAGGAUGAGGUAGAUUUGUACCUGUUCUACGCCAAGCACCUACACAAGACCGGGUUGGUCAAGAUUGAGUUCCCUGAGUUUUAUAAAUCAGCCAGAGCACUUUUGGCUGAAUCCACAGCGACUGCCAUCGGCACACUCUGCCCCUUCUACUUCGAAUUGGGGUAUGAGCUAUGCUCAAUAAUCCCCGAGACCGAAUGGCCAGUUGAAAAUCUACUAACACUCUUGAAGGAAGCUGAGUGUAAGCGGCGUUCGUUUUUGAUGAAGCGCUCAAACACGGUUGAUGACACAUUUUUAAUAGGACUCACUCACGAGGAGAAAAAGCUCCUAAACGUCCUUACGAAUUCAAACACGAAUGUACUCACGACGAAUUCAGAGUUUCAGAAUGCUUCUGAGUUUUAUGGAUUCGAUGAUUAA